GCUAACACUCGAAGAUAAAAGUCACACAGAACAAGCAGGGCGAGAGUAUUUUCGGGAGGGCAGGAGAAGAGAAUCCAAAGAAAUGGCUAGCCUCCGUCUAGCAAUGGACGCAGCUUUCUGGGACCUUAACGUUGCCUCAUCGCAAACACUUGACGGCGCCGCCCGCUUCGUCGCCGGCGAGCCGGCCCCGUUGUCCACCGCGCGAGCAAGCCGCACUGUUCGGCCGCAGCAAUUCUCCUUCCUACGCCAUGUGUUCCCAUUAGGCAUCAUUCCCUGCUUUUCCCCCACUCCUCACAAAGAGCUGGGCUCCUUCUCCCUCCAGUCUCUCCUCCUUGCCCCAGAGUUUUCGAAAAUGUGGUUUGGAUUAGUGGGGCAGUUUCGUCCAAGGAAGCUGAUUUCAAGUAUCAAGAAGGAUUUAUCAAGUACUGAGUACUCGGAUCUAUCCAUAUUCAAAGAAAUUGGAAAACAUUUUGUGGACAAAUCCCUAUACGCACUUGGUUUUUUUUCACAGUUUUCUCUGUCAGAUGAUACAUCCUUGCUUUUUAAUGUUGAAAAACAUGGUGAAAGGAAGGCCCCUCGUUCGAAAGUCGUACUUUUUCACAAGCUUCCCAAACAUGAUGUAACACUGGAAGCAGCAUGGCCAGAACUGUAUGUUGCAAGGAAUGGAACAUACUGGGAAGUGCCGAGUUCAGCGUCAUUCGAUGUAUCAUCUCUUAAAUCUGAGUCAGGAUUUAGAUAUCGUUUUGGUUUACAUAAAAAUGAUGGCAAUCCAGCAGCUUUUAAUUUUUCUGGUGGUGACAUACCUUUGUCUCUUAUGCCUGGAAUAUGUGCAAAAGCUGCUUUUUCCAUUGAGAAGAGGAGGAACAUAUGGAGAGAAAGUGGCUACAUUGUUUCCCAAGAAAGAAAAUCAGAGAAAAGAUCUGCCAGGUUGAUUUCGUAUGACAAACAACUAGAAGAUCCACAUGCGGCCCUAUCAGCAAUAAUAGGCGGAACUUGUGAAGCGUGGUUUGGAGGAAAUGUGAACAAGGCUACGAACUCAGAAGAUCGAACAACGGAUGAAGAGAUUCACAAAUCAAGCUCACCAUCAAGAAGUAGACAUCAUUUUAAUAUGGAUUUGUUUGGCUCCUUUGGCUGUUCAUUCCAGCGAGGCAGGUUUGCAAAUGAUUUUAAUGACCUCACCAGAUUAGAUGCUCGCCUGGAUGUUUCUUCAGCUUCUGCUCUUCUCAAGGGUUUUUCUCAUCUGGUUUCCACUACCUUCAAAGGAAAAGUCCAAGGAGAAGUGAAUCCUCUUACUUUCCCAAGGCUUAAUGUGCUUUUUCAACAACAGGUUGCAGGACCAAUAGUGUUUCGAGCCGACGUAGGAUUCUCGAACAAUUCUCCCUCCGGGAGUCACUUUCCUCAUGUUGAGGAUGUGAUUUAUGGGCUGAGUUAUUCCUUGAGGAUGCUCCAUUCUGGGAAGUUUUUGGCUUGGUAUUCCACGAAGAGGAAGGAGGGAAUGGUGGAGUUAAGGUUUUUUGAGUUCUAGGAGACUUUUUUCUGUGCCAUUUUUUUCUGUUUAUUCCACCAGGUGAGAACCCUUUUCUGUAACCUUUUUGCAAUCAUCUUUUAGAACUUCUCAUGCAAAAUCAGUAGGUUUCCUUUGUUCUUUUUAGUGUUGUUGUUGAG